ACAGUUCAAGCUGGAAACGUCAGCACUCUAAAUAGAAAUGUUUCAAGAGAAGUAGUGGAAGGGAAGGCAUGGAUCGUCUUCGUGUACGCAGAGUUUAUUAUUUUACGAUUGAAUACUGAAGAGUAAACUUUUUUUUGCAUCUCUAAUAUCAAAUUAAACAAUAAAAAUGUCAUCCGAGCCUAUUCUGAAUCCUCCAAUUCCUUAUGUGGGAGCUGUUGAAGGUGGUUUAGUACCUGGAAAAAUGGUUAAAAUACAAGGAAAAGUUCCUCCAGAUGCUGUGCGCUUUGCUGUGAAUUAUCAAUUAGGACCUACAUUAAAUCCAAGAGAUGAUAUAGCCAUUCAUGUUUCACCACGUUUCUCAGAUGGAUUUAUUACUAGAAAUCACAUCGUAUCAAUGACUUGGGGAAUGGAAGAAAAUGAAGGUCCUAUGUGGAUACAACCUGGUCAAGAAUUUGAGAUGAUUCUAUUAUGUGAUCAUACAUGUUACAAGAUUGCUAUAAAUGGCAGACAUUUUACUGAAUUUGUUCAUCGACUACCAUAUGAAAAAGUUACACAUCUGGUUAUUGAUGGUGAUGUAGAUGUGAAUUCCAUUUUAUAUGAGAAUGUUCCUGUUGAUCCACCUCGUUCUCCUAGAGCUGUACCUACACCAGAUGUACCUGCUGCUAAUUUUGGACCACCACAACCUGGUGGAUUAUAUCCUACAAUAGGUCCACAAACACCAUCAGGUGGAUAUGGUCCACCCCCAGGUCCUGGUUAUGGUCCACCACCUCCAGGUCCUGGUUAUGGUCCACCACCUCCAGGUCCUGGUUAUGGACCUCCACCUGAUGCAUAUGGAGGACCUGGUUAUAAUCCUGCAGGGCCAUAUGGGUAUCAACCUGGAUAUCAAAAAGCUGAAGAAGAAGAUACAUUUGGUGCUACUUUAAGUAAACUUGGUUUAGCAGUAGGGGGAGCAUACUUGCUACAUAAAAAGACACAAGAAAAUGCUGAAAAGGAUAAUGAAAAAUCAGAUGCUUCUAAAUCAAAAACAGAAAGUGAAGGUGGUUUGGGAAAUCUUGGAUCUCUUGGUGCAGCUUUAGCAAGCAGCUUAGUAAGCAAUGCUUUAAGUAACUCACAGGCACAGCAAGGCUAUCCUCCUCAACAAUCAGGUGGCAGUGGUGUAUUAGGCUCUAUUCUUGGAGCAUUAGGUGGUGGUGGUGGUAAUAAUGCAGCACCACCUCCUCCAAGUCAGCCAAGUGACCCAUUGAAAGGAGCCUUAGGAUCUAUUCUUGGUGGUGUUCUUGGAGGUGGUGGACACCAGCAACCAAAUUAUCAACCUUCAGGAGGUUAUGGAAAUUAUCAACCUUCUAGUGGAUAUGCUAGCCAACAACCAAAUUCAGGUUCAGAUCUUUUGUCUGGAAUAGGUUCUGCAAUUGGUUCUUCUUUGCUUAGUUCUGCUUUAGAUGGUCUUAGCAACAAGCGUGGUACAGAAAAGUCUCGUGGAGGGGAUCAUGCACCACCUCCACCAUCUUAUACACCAAGUGUUCCACCCCCUGCACAACCCCCUGCAUCUUCUGAUAAUACUUCUGCUUCAGGACAUAAAUUAACAGCAGAUGAAAUUUCAAAAGGCCUAGGUUUGGAUGACUAAU